GAUUUUGGAGGCAUCGAUCCUGCUCUUGGCAUGGGGCUUCUUUCAAAUUUCUGGAACCGCCAACACUACUUAGGCUCCAUCGUUUAUAGACCAGCCUUUAUGAGAGACAUGGUCUGCAAGGGUCCAUACUACUCAGACUUACUACUCAACGCCAUCUUAUUUGCAGGCUCAAAGUAUUCAGACGACCCAGCGGUGCGAAGCAACGUCAAUAACAAGGAGUCAGCAGGACGUCCUUUUCGCGCCAAGUUUCAGGAGAUUCUGCACGGUUCGCAAGUGCUGUUCAAAAGUCGAGUAACCACUAUCCAGGCUCUUCUUAUUGUUGCUGACGGUCUCUUCUCUUGGUGUGAUGAGACGAGUCUAUCGUGGCAUUACAUGGGUCUGGCGAUAAGCAUGAUCAUCGAUCUUGGUAUCCACGUCAAUGGCACUAGGAGUGGAAAAUCAGCAAACUACACACCAGAGGACACAGAAGGGCACCGAAGAGUGUUUUGGGCAGCCUUUACCCUUGACAAGGUGCAAUCGAUAUAUCAAGGUCGACCUGCACGACUACGAGAGGCCGAUAACCGAGUGCCAAUUCAGUUUCUUGACGAGUAUGAAGAACUAGAAGAGUUCAACACCAAUACUUACUCAGAGCAACCGACACAGUUGGGUUGUCCGACAUAUAGUGUCUCGACCUUUGAGCAGCUUUGCAAACUCAGCAUCAUCAUGGAUCGAAUUUUGUGCAACCUCUACUCAGAAAAAAGUUGUACUAGAGAUCCUCAAGAACUUUUCGAUGCUUCAAAUGCCCUUCAUGCUGAGUUAAAGCGCUGGAGGAGUGAGAUGCCUGCACACCUGAUUGUUCACCUAAACAAACCCGGCAACUCAACAAUCCUUCCUCACACCCUAUCUUUACUGGCCAUGUACAAUUCUCUUGUCAUCCUGCUACAUCGACCCUUUGUCUCCGACGGCCACCUCCAAUCCGCGUCAGCAUCUGCAGCUCGUGAUGCGUUUUCCCACUGCGCAGUAGCAGCACUAGAAAUCCACCACAUGCUCCAGAUCUACAGACAGCACUUUUGUCUGAAAUCAGUACCUUAUUUCGUUUCGUAUGCGACAUACGUCAGCGCCACAAUCCACGUCCGCAUGGCUGCGCAGAGAGGUCCCGAGUCAGGGGCCCACAAGUACCUUCGAAGCUGUCUGGAGAUUCUAGGGGAGCAUCAGGCCAAGUGUUUUGCUCCGAGACGGACAAUGAGGGUUUUGCUUGCGAUUAUGGAUCGUUUGAAGGUUCACGUGGGAGACUUUUCGGCUCUCACUACUUCAAGUUGUCAAGCUGACGAGGCAGCCCGGCCUGUUGGACCCCCCUCAAGGCAACAGACCCUUCAGGCUUUUGACCCCUCAGAACAGCUACCAAACGACCAUCAGGGCGACUUGGAUCUUGUUUUGACGGAUUUGGACAUGGAUGAGAUUAUGAAGACCUUCAAUCUUGCUACGGAAGUCCAACCGGUGCCCGUCAAUGAGCAUCUCGCAACAGAAAGAUUCCUUCCGAGCCAAGACACGCUACCCCUUUCCGAUGUAUUAUUCGGCUUUGAUUUCAGCACAAUCUAG